GUGACACUUCGCAGUCACUUGCUAGGUUCCUGCGCCGUCGUGUCCAUGAACGCGCUCUGGACUGCCGACGACGCGCCCGAAGCGUCGCGCUCCAACAAGCGCAAGCGCGACCAGCCGCCGGCGACUGGCGUAUGGAAGGUCAUGCGCCACCUCGCGGGCCGCCUCCCGUCGCUCUUGCCAUCCGCCGGUUGCCUCGACAUGUUCUGGACGGCGGACGAGACGCCUGCCGACGACGACGACAGCGAAGUGAACCAUGGCGCUGCGCCCAUUGAGCAUCCGAUUGUGCAGCGAGCGCGGGUCACGCCGAGCUACAAGCGCGGCGAGCCGGUCCAGAUCGGUUUCGGCGGCUGCGGCGGCUUUUACAACUAUCUCCUCGGCGUCGCCUCGGUCGUGCAGGAACACUUUGACCUUUCGUCGGCGAUCUUUUCGGGGUCGUCUGCCGGCUGCUUUCCCGCGCUUGUGCUCGCGCUCGGCCUCGACGUCAAGACGUUUUUCCACGAGCCCAAUAUGGCGCUCAUCCGCGAUGCGAAGCGCAAGACGUACCACGGACUCGGGUCAUGGAUCCCGCUGACCAAGGCGCACAUGCUCCAGACGCUGUCGCCGGACGCCUAUCAAAUCGCAGACAAGCGCUUCUACUGCUCGGUGACCAAGGUGCCGAGCCUCCAGAACGAACUCAUCACGUCGUGGUCAUCGAACGAAGACAUGGUCGACUGCAUGCUCACGUCGGGCCACGUGCCGCUGUACCACCCCGACUGGAUCAAAGAGUUUCGCGGCCAAAAGUACAUUGACGGCAGCGUCUCGAACAACGCGCCCGUGCCCCACGCCGAUGCGUUCCCAUCCCACGUGUUCAGAUCCGCGCGUGGCGCGAGAUCUGGCCGCACUGGGUGCUCGUCUCGACCAACUCGGACUGGGCGUACGAGCAGUUCCAGAUGGGCCGCAGCGACGCGCUGGCCCACAUGCACGAGCUCGAAGCGAUUUUCACUACAAGACCGAUCCCAUCGAGUAGUCGUCGCUAUAUCUCUUGUUUGUAUUCUAGUCUGAUUCCAAAAUGCCAUUUCAGUUGGCACA